AGCUCCCACAGCACCCCAGACUCAGGCACGCACCAUGGGGGUUCUAAGGCCCUGGGCCCGAUACUGCCUCCUGGUUGUGGCCCACCUGCUGGCCCUGGGGCUUGGGGCUGUGGUGCUCCAGGCCCUGGAGGGGCCUCCAGCACUCAGACUCCAGGCUGAGCUCAGGGCUGAGCUGGCCACCUUCCAAGCCAAGCAUGGGGCCUGCCUGGCCCCCGGAGAACUGAAGGAGCUGCUCAGUGCUGCCCUGGCAGCUCAGGCCCACGGGGUCUCCAGCCUGGGCAACAGCUCGGAGGACAGGAACUGGGAUCUGCCCUCGGCCCUGCUCUUCACUGCCAGCAUCCUCACCACCACGGGUUAUGGCCACAUGGCCCCACUAUCAGCAGGUGGAAAGGCCUUCUGCGUGGUCUAUGCGGCCCUGGGGCUGCCAGCCUCCCUAGCACUUGUGGCUACCUUGCGCCACUGCCUGCUGCCUGUGCUCAGCCGCCCGGGUACCUGGGUAGCAGCGCACUGGCAGCUGGCACCCAGCAGGGUUGCAUUGCUGCAGGCAGCUGGACUGGGCCUGCUGGUGGCCAGCAUCUUUGUGCUGCUGCCAGCACUGGUGCUAUGGGGUGUGCAGGGAGACUGCGGCCUGCUGGAGGCCAUCUACUUCUGUUUCAGCUCACUCAGCACCAUCGGCCUGGGGGACUUGCUGCCCAGCCAUGGCCGUGGUCUGCAUCCAGUAAUUUACCACCUCGGUCAGCUCGCACUUCUUGGUUACUUGCUCCUAGGCCUCCUGGUCAUGCUGCUAGCUGUGGAGACAUUCACGGAGCUGCCACAAGUCCGUGCCAUGGUGAAGUUCUUCGGGUGCAGUGGCCCUUUGACUGCUGAGGACCAAGGUGGCAUCCUAGUCCAGGAUGAACUGGCUCUGAGCACCCUGCCGCCCACAGCCCCAGCCUCAGAACAGGCCCCAGCUUGCUGA